AUGGAUACUCCCAGGGUCCUGCUCUCGGCCGUCUUCCUCAUCAGUUUCCUGUGGGAUUUUCCCGGUUUUCAGCAGGCGUCUAUCUCCUCCUCCUCUUCGUCCUCUGAGCUGGGCUCCGCCAAGGACGUGAGAAGCCGCAAGGAAGGGAAGGUACCUCGGGCGCCGCGAGAGAGUGCCGCGGACCGGGCGCCCCCGGAGCGCCAGGAGCCACAGCAGCGGCGGCAGGACGAGCCCCGGCGGCGGCGGCCGCAGCAGCCCCAGGCACAGGAGCCGCCCGGCAGGGGCCCGCGGGUGGUGCCUCACGAGUACAUGCUGUCAAUCUACAGGACAUACUCCAUCGCCGAGAAGCUGGGCAUCAACGCCAGUUUUUUCCAGUCCUCCAAGUCAGCGAAUACGAUCACUAGCUUUGUAGACAGGGGACUAGACGAUCUCUCGCACACUCCUCUCCGGAGACAGAAGUAUUUGUUUGAUGUGUCCACGCUCUCAGACAAAGAAGAGCUGGUGGGCGCGGAGCUGCGGCUCUUUCGCCAGGCGCUCGCCGUGCCCUGGGGGCCGCCGGCCGGGCCGCUCCAAGUGCAGCUCUUCCCCUGCCUCUCGCCCCUGCUGCUGGACGCGCGGACCCUUGACCCACAGGGGGCGCCCCCGGCCGGCUGGGAAGUCUUCGACGUGUGGCAGAGCCUGCGCCACCAGCCCUGGAAGCAGCUGUGCUUGGAGCUGCGGGCCGCAUGGGGUGAGUCGGGCGCCGGGGAGCCCGAGGUGCCCCCACCGGGGCCCCAGCAGCCGCCAGCCCCGGACCUGCGGAGUCUGGGCUUCGGCCGGAGGGUGCGGCCGCCCCAGGAGCGCGCCCUGCUCGUGGUGUUCACCAGAUCCCAGCGCAAGAACCUAUUCGCCGAGGUGCGCGAGCAGCUGGGCUCAGCCGAGGCUGCGGGUCCCGGCGCGGGCGCCGAGGGGUCAUGGCCGUCGCCGUCGGGCGCCGCGCCUUGGCUGUCCUCGUCCGGCCGGCGGCGGCGGCGCACGGCCUUUGCCAGCCGUCACGGCAAGCGGCAUGGCAAGAAGUCGAGGCUGCGCUGCAGCAAGAAGCCCCUGCACGUGAACUUCAAGGAGCUGGGCUGGGAUGACUGGAUUAUCGCUCCCCUGGAGUACGAGGCGUACCACUGCGAGGGCGUGUGCGACUUCCCGCUGCGCUCACACCUGGAGCCCACCAACCAUGCCAUCAUCCAGACGCUGAUGAACUCCAUGGACCCCGGCUCCACCCCGCCCAGCUGCUGCGUGCCCACCAAAUUGACUCCCAUCAGCAUCCUGUACAUCGAUGCAGGCAAUAACGUGGUCUACAAGCAGUACGAGGACAUGGUGGUGGAGUCCUGCGGCUGCAGGUAG